GCAGGGACACCUCCAGGGUCUGCACUUGGCCUCUCUACCGAGAAGACACAGCUCAGGAGGGGAAGGCAGUGGACAGCACAGACCUAUGGAGAGCCCCUCACAAGCUCCCCACAGUGGGAGCAGCCUCUGGAAGGGGUUCCUGCUCACAGCCUCCAUCCUCAGCUGCUGGAUCCAGCCAACAUCUGCCCAAAGUGAUUCCUUCAGUGUUGUGCCAAACCCUCCAUAUGGGACAGUGGGCAGCAGCGUCAUCCUGGACAUCCAGGGGCUCUCACAGCAGCCUCCCAGCUAUACUUGGUACAGAAAGGCAGUAAUCCCCUCCAACCGGAUCGCUUUCUACCAUGUUGCUAACGGACAGCUGACAGCAUCAGAUAGCAGGCUGAAUGUGUCCUCCAAUGGCUCCCUGAGCAUCUCCAACCUCACUCUCAGUGACACUGAUGACUACUUCGUACAAUUGUUUGAUCCCACAAGUAGUGAAAUAGUAACAGCACAAGGACAUUUAGCCGUCUAUGGGUCACUAUCCAAACCUACCAUCAGCAGCACCAACAUGGCCCCAGUGGAGAACAAGGACAAUGUCUCCUUGACAUGCCAGUCUGAGAGUCAAGAAGUCACAUACCUGGUUUGGUCCAUAAACCAAAGCUCGCCAGCUGGUGACAGGAUAGUGCUGUCCCCGGAUAACAGGACACUCACUAUAAUCAAUGUCACAAGGGAAGACCAAGGACCCUAUGAGUGUGAAAUCCAGAACCCAGUUAGUGUCAAUAGGAGUGACCCAUUCACACUGAAUAUUGUCUAUGGCCCGGAUACCCCCGUGAUUGUCCCCACAGACCCUAAUUAUCCCGUAGGGGCAAAUCUUGAGCUGUUGUGCUCUGGUGACUCUAACCCACCUGCCCAGUACACUUGGUUUUUCAAUGGAAUACUGACGGUGUCCACACCCCAGCUCUCUAUUCUUAAUGUGUCGCUGAAUCACACUGGAACCUAUUCUUGUAUUGCAUCUAACUCAGUCACUGGCCUGUCUAGCAGCAAAGACAUCAAUAUCACAGUCUCUGAAACAGCAUCCAAACCUACCAUCACUGCCAACAGUACCAACGUCAUGGAGAACAGCACUUUGGUCUUCACAUGUAACACAGAACAUGAGGGGAUGAACAUUCUGUGGUUCUUCAAUAACAAGUCCCUGUCACUAAAUGAGGGGCAGUACCUGUCUGAUGGUGACCUGAUCCUCACCGUCAAGAACGUGACGAGGAAGCAUGCUGGGUCCUAUCAAUGUGAAAUCUGGAAUCCAAUCAGUUCCAACAGAAGUGACCCCCUUGAAGUGACUGUGAACUAUGGACCAGACGAUAUCCUGUUUUCCCCGAGUCCUGCAGGAGAUGAGAUUCGGGUCAUAUUCCAACAGUCACUGACCUUAGUGUGUCAGGUUGAGUCUUACCCACCUGCACAGUAUGAGUGGCGAGUCAAUGUCACAGUGAGCCCUGAGUUCACCAAUAACACCUACAUCAUCCAAAACGUAUCUUGGGAAGAUUCAGGACAGUACACAUGUUUGGCAUGGAACAACGUGACUGAGUUGUCAGUGUCUAAGGCUGUCACAGUCAGGGUGAUCGAACAGCCUCCAGAAGGAGGGAGUGGCUCCUCACUCUCCGGAGGGGCCAUCGCUGGCAUUGUGAUUGGAGUCAUAGCUGGAGUGGCUCUCGUUGGGUUCCUCAUCUAUUUUCUGUUCUUCAGACCUUCUGGAGGGGCCAGCGAGCAUCAUGAUACAGAGCACAAAUCCUCAGCACCCAACCACAGACAAACCAACUCUGACAGCUCACCUAACAGGACUGAGGAAGUAUCCUAUGCCUCCGUGAACUUCAAUGCCCAGAAACCACUUGCCACGGCUCAGCUCCCAUCACACACGGACACUGUUUAUUCUGAAAUCAAAAAGAAAUGACCCAGUCAUUCUUGUUCUCUGCA